AUGGCCAACAGAAUACAACACUGUGACUGGUGUUUGACUCUCAGCACUGCCACCAUCAAGGUGAUUGCUGCACCCAGCUACAUUAGUUUCGUGGGCCGGACCAGGGCGCUAAUUUUCUUAGAGGCGCUCUCGUCGGCGAUGCGCGCGACCUCUUAUCCAACGUCGUUCCAAGCUGUUACCAUGUCUAGUGACUCGUACGCCCCAGGCCAUAAUAAAGAAUACUACCCACAUGAAGAGGGGAUGUUGCUUUAUUUAAAGAGUCGGGGUGUCUCUUGGAUUCAAGUCGCAGAGGAGUUCAAUUUACGAGUUAAUAUCAGCCGACGACGAACACCUGCGGCUUUAGAGAACAAAUGGCGACAGUUGAGAAAAGCAUCUCCUCUGCCCUUUAUUAUAUGGACUACCUAUUCUGCUGAAAAUCCAGUGCCUUCUCUGAACGCGGUGCAGCAGUUAGGCGAGCGCUCAAACUUGGCCGAUCCGCCACUGUCUACUAUCCGAAUUCAGUACAAUAGCAAUCAACACCCUUUAAUCGAUGCCUUGAUAAAAGGCCUGGAGGACGCCGUCAUUGUUGCGGUACCACUCGGUUUUAAUCAAGUCGAUUUGGCCGUCAUUGCUUCUGAGACCAGCCGUGUUUAUGGAAAAUACAAGCUGCUAGGUUUUGAACAGUUCAGCGAUGAUGACCCCAUAAUGCAACGCCCGAAAGAUGUUGGAGAGACAUAUGGUAACUUCAGAGCUCGCAUUGGUUAUACUAUCUUUGAGCACUAUCGCCAGGAAUUCCUUAGGACAUACAGCACACAGUCAAACAUUCCCUUCUCACAGACCAGAAAAGUAUGGGCAUGGUUUGCCAGCAGAAUUGAGUACUUAAAUUAUAGGCUUGGAACCUAUGUUACAAAGUUCACCUUGGGAGGAAUCUUCUUUCCUGCUGCACAACCGGCCUUGAAGUGUUUAUUGCUCCUCGCCGAGCUCUCAUCAGGCACUUCCAUUCUCGAAGCUUCGAGUCCCACGCUCAUCAAUAAAAAGCUAGCGGCCUACGAGAAACGCCUUGACGAUAUCAUUUCUACUAUCGCGAUGGAACUAGACCAGGAGUCUCUCGCCAAGCUGGCUGUUACUACUUGGGUCUUCGAUACAUCGCAAUAUCCGACGCCGUCCUUCUUAUUAUUCAGGUUUCUUUCAUAUUUGACACAAAGCCCGAUACCCCCGCCAUCAAUAAUUUAUCGUCAAUGCUGCGAGGUGCAAAACAAGUCACCAAGUGGCCAAGAUUCGAUAGGGCACAUAGCUUUGUUGAUAAACCUCCGUGGUGGGUAG